CAAGAACCCAGGGGCGGGUGUGUGCUUAGGCCAUGGCCGAGGUCCCUGCUUCAGAAGAGGUUUUUUUCGUACAGGUGGAAGAAGACCCCCGAGGCACGGUGUUUGACAAGAGCGUCUGGCUUCACAGGCUGCUCGGACAAGAUGCCUCCGCGGAGUGGCAGAGGCUGGCCGUUCCUGACGGGGCAGCGGCCGCUUGCUGCCCGGUGCAGUGGGGCGAGAACGACUUGGCAUUCCGCUGCGAGGACUGCCAGGCGGACUCCAGCUGCGCCGUGUGCCCCGAGUGCCUUUUCGACGCGGACCACGCGGGACACGCCGUGAAGCUCAUUCGCACCUCGAGCGGGUGCUGCGACUGCGGCGACGCCUCGAGCUGGAAGCCGGAGGGGUUCUGCUCCAGGCACCGGGCGGUCGGCGAGGACGAGGACUCCGAGCGUGCGUUGCUGUCGCUCCCUCGGGGCGUCCGGGAGAGGUGCGUCCCCGUGCUCGCUGAGGCCGUCGCGUUCGCGGACGGCCUAGUGAUGAGCCUCGUGGCCGGCGGCGGCGCGACGAGCGAUGGCGACCAGCCACCAGCAGAGCCCGAAGCAGUGCAGCAGGCAGCGCAGCUCGAGGAGUGCCUCGUGUGGCUGCGCUCGCUGGGUGAGGCUUCCCCCGGUCUUCGCUACGCCCUGCGGGCCGCCCUCACGCCGCGGCUGACGGCCUGGGUCCAAGGCGCGGCGUGCUGCCCCGUCUUGCGGCAGAGCCUGUACACCUUCUUCGUCGCGGUGACGCAGCAGAGCCCCAAGCUGAAGCUCGCGCUCGCCGUGUCCUUCCUGGAGGCCUACGACCGCCUGCUGGCGGGCCUGGAGAACCGCCGGCGCGAGCCGAGCAGGCCAAGCCUCGCCUCGCUGACGGUGCAGCUCUUCAGCAUCCCGGAAGUGGGCUUGGCCCUCUGCGAGGGCCACGACGUCGUCCCGCGGCUUUGCGGCCUCGCGUCGGACGGCGUCCGGCGCCUCGAGGAGCACGAGGCCACUCUGGCCGCCCUGAAGGAGGCCACGCUCGCCGUCCACCCCAGCCGCUCCCAGCAGACACAGCAGCAGCUCCGCGACAUUCGGGGAGGAGGAUCCAGAAUCUCACCCAGCAGGUCACGAUGGUUUACCACGAUCUCGAGUUCGUGCUGCAGCACCGGGCCGCCGCCCAGUUCGUCCUGCAGCACCAGCCCUCCCGCAGGGCGCUGCUGCAGCUGCUGAGCUCGCAGUGGCGGCUCAACCCGCAGCGGCGCGAGCUGCGGGAGCACGUCCUGUUCGAGGCGGAGACGUGGCGGACGGCGUUCUUUCUGGAGCAGGGGCUCGAGCGGACGCUGCAGACGCUGGAGCUCACGGUGCGCCAGGCGCCCUGGGAGCAGUCCUCGGCCUGGCACGGCGAGCUGCUGGCCGAGCUCCGCGUGCGGGGGGCGCCGGGCGCGGCCAGCGGCAGCUCGUUCCACCUGCGGCUGCUGCGGCACCUGGUGCUCAGCCUCCCCCUGGAGGCUCUGGCGGCGGCCCUCCAGGGCUCGGGGGCCCAGGGCCAGCCGCCGCUGGCCGCGUGGCUGGCCCUCUUCCCGGCCGCCGACCUGGCGCUGAUGCUCCAGCACGCGGCCGGCGCCUACCUGUUCUCCAGCGAGGUGAGGGCCGGCCUCUGGGUGCGCAACGGGGGCGGCCUGCGCUCGCAGGCCGAGCUCUACGGCGACUGCAACUGGCAGUCCCAGGACCUGGCCGUGGUGCAGUUCGCCGCGGCCCUGCUCGGGCUGCACGGCUCCCCCGGCCACGAGCCCGCCGCGCUGCUGCAGGGCCUGGGGCGCGAGCGGCUCGGGGAGGACCCGGAGGAGAGCGCCCGGGAGGCGUCGCUCGAGGCCUUCUGGGAGCUCGCCUCGAGGGCCGCCGCCGAGGCCUGGCAGCUGGGCGUCUGCGCCGCGCACCGCGGCUCCCCGGAGUACGCCGGGGAGGCCGCGCGGCGGGCGCUGCGGCGGUGGAUACUGCACGCCCUCGCCAGCAGGGCCCUGUCGGCCUCGGCGCUCCGGGAGCAGCUGCCCUGGGGCUGGCAGGACUGCCCGGCCGUGGACGAGGUCGUGCGCGAGGUGGCCACGAGCAAGGUCGGAGAGGACGGCGCGCUCAAGUUCGAGCUGAAGCAGGACAGCUGGAGCGGCUUCGACUGCCUGCUGAUGGUCCGCGGGCAGCGCCUGCCCCCCGAGGCCGAGGAGAACGCGGCCAAGCACAAGAGCGACCUCCUCGGCCCCGUGCGCGAGCGGGGCACCUGCCAGGUGUGGCGAGACGCCGUCCUCGCUGCUCUGGACCGGCCCUGCCUGCGGGCGGCGCUGUCCGAGCUGGUGUGUCGGAGGGGCAGCGCUCGCGCCGAGAGCGCGGCGCCGCCGGGCACCGGGGCGCUGCUGUGGGCGCUGAAGAUGCUCGACAUGCUCCAGGCGCUCGGCAGGGCGCGGCGGGAGGCCCCCGCUCCGGGCGCGGCGGGGGUCGCGCCGGGCGCGGCGGCGGCCGGUGGCGGAGAGGCCCCGCAGGAGGCCUUCGAGGAGGCGCUGGCUGCCCUGCGGGGGCUCAAGGAGAAGGAGACCGGCACCGUGGGGCACGUCUGCUCCAGGGUGCUGGCCAGGAGCCAGGCGCCAGAGCCCACCACGGUCGCUCAGGAUCGGGAAGCCCAGAAGGCGGCCAAGCGCCAGACCCUCGCGGCGCGCCAGAAGGCUGUGCUGCAGAGCAUGGCCGCCAGGCAGCAGCACUUUGCCGCCAUGGCGGGCGGCGAGGACGACAUGGACGUCGACGAGGAGCCCGGGGAGUCUGUUCUGUACUGCGAUGUGUGCAGAGAAGCCUCGCGGCCAGAUGAUCCCAUUUGCCUGCUGGCGCACUCCUGCCGCACCACCGCCCUCGAGCGCUUGGCCAGGCACCGCGACUUCGCCGGCCCCUCGCUGGCCGUGAGCACGUGUGGGCACUUGGUCCACGCGAGCUGCGUCAGGAAGCACCGGGAGUACUUCCAGUCGCAGAGGAGCCAGGAGUCCCUGUUUCACCUGUCGCGGCCAGGCCCCGGCUCGGUGCUCUGCCCGAUGUGCCGGACCCUGUCCAGCUGUGUGCUGCCGGUGCUGCCCGCGAGGCCGCUGUUCCAGGCCCCCCAGGAGCCCUCGGGCCUCGGCAGCACCGCCCCCGCAGGGGGCAGCAGCCCAAGCGGGGCCGCCAGCAUUGCAUGCCCAGCGACCCUCCCUGGUGCGCCGACGCGGCGGCCGCUGGCCUCCCCGCCGCCCUCGCGGCGCUCGUCCCGGGGCGCGCGGCGCCGCGGGGGGCCCCCGCCGGGGAGCUGCCCGCAGACGUCGGCGAGGCCCUGGUGCAGGCCGCUGUGCUGCAGGUGCUGGUGGCCUCUGCCGCGUCGCCCACGCAGGUCCUGCAGGGCCAGGGGGGGGGCAGCCCGCCCCUCCACGCCGUGCUUCUGCGGCUGCGGGCGGCGCUGGCCCCCGGCGGCGGCUGCGGCGGCGCCGAGGAGCGCGACCCGCGCCGGGCCCUGGCGGAGUCGGCCGGAGAGUGCAGGUCUCCGGAGGAGCUCCGCCCGCUCGUCGCGAAGCUGACGCAGGCCAGGGCAGGGCAGCCGCAGGCAGCGGAGGCGGAGGCGCUGCCGGCCGUCAGCGCCUGGCUCACCUUCGCCGCCUGGGUCGCGGCGGGGCUCUGGACCUUUGAGGGCCGGGCGCUCAACGUGCUGGCCCACCUGCCGGACGGCGCGGCCGCCCGAACGACCGCCCUCCUCCAGCUGCUGGGCCUGCCAGCGGACCUCGUGGGCCCUCAGCCGGCCCCCGCUCUGGCGUCUAGCCCCGAGAGCCCGUCGGGCCUCGUGGCGUUCACGCCACUGCCGCACCACAUGCUGGAUCUCAUCAAGAAGCUGCGCAGGCGCCCCUGCGAGAGGUGCGCCGCGGUGCCGGCUGAGCCGUGCAUUUGCCUGCUGUGUGGCGCUCUGGUCUGUCAGGGGAGCAACGAGCGAGAUGCCGAAGGCCGGCGGCUGCCGCGGGGCAGGGGCGGCUGCCCCGCGCUCGCGGGGUCGCCCGGAGUGGGGAGCUGCAGCGAGCAUGCGCAGGCCUGCGGGGCUGGCCAGGCACUUCUGCUGGCACCCUUGAUGGGCAAGGUGGUGGCGAUCUCCGAUGCCGCGGGCCCCAAGCCCAUGGUUGGGCUCUGGGAUUACCCUUACGUGGACGUCCACGGCGAGGUUGCGGCUCCGACCCGCACGGUGGAUGUCACGCUCGACUCGCGGCGCCUGGACAGGUUGCGGACCAUGUUCUCCACAGGGACUAUCGGGCGCGAGAUACUCCGCCACAACAUGUCGACGGGCAGAUACAUUCCAAACGUCCUGUGAGGUCUGGAAAGGCGGUGUGGUGCAGCCUGGGAGUCGUCUCGACUGGCCACUCGGGCCACCUUUGCGAGUUUGUGGGCAGGUUUCGCGAACAAAAACAAAG